AGUGGGGGAGAAAAAGACAAAGUCUUCACAGGUCAGUGCUUGCAUGUCUUUAUAAGCUGUGCAAUCUUAGGGCAGCAGAUAUGUCUUAGGGUAAAGGGGAAAGGGAGCAGGGGGUUGGUUUACCUCUGAAAAGGGACUGCAAACUGACCAUGAAGUUUACUGGCCGACAGGCAAGGGGUAACCAUAAAUGACCAUGAAGUUUAUUGCCAGACAGGCAAGGGGUAACCAUAAAUGGUGACAUCCAUGUGUGGAAGUUCAUUGUAACACUGACCAAAGACCGGAGCAAGGUUUGCGCUUCAACAGACGUUUGUGUCCAGGGAGACCACGCCUGGCUGGGCCAGCAACAAAUAAUUUGUGCAAUGCAAUGCAAACAUGGUUCCUAGAAUAGACUCUUUGUUGUGGGGGGGUCUGUUAUUUUUGGAAACAGGAAGAGAUAUCUGCUAGGUCCUGAGAACCCCAAAAAUGGGUCCCAAGGAUUAUUUUGGGCUGGGCUGGGUGUUGGCCGCACAGCCUUGAGACAACAUGCAAGUGACGCCAGGCGACCAUAAUUUCAAACAUGCUUUCCUUGGUGAAGAGUGCCAGGCUGUUUGUCUGUGGUUCCCCCUGUGUUUGACACAGGGUCAGGGGCGAAGCAGGAGUGGAGACUUAGGUCAACAGCGUUGUGUUUGAGCAGCACCAAUGCUUUUUUGAACAAAUGGCCUGCAUAGCACAGCCCUUGCUUGAAAGUAGCCCACAACUGUGGCAGGAUUCCCAUUCGUUUGAAGUUCAUGGAAGCAGGCAGCCUUCUUUUUUUCUGCUCUGUUACGUUUUUGCUUUAAUAUCUCUCUCCCUCUUGUGCUUUUUGGCAUUCACAUCUGAAUCAUCACAGAGGCUGUUUAGCCUGACUUGCUCCUUGGGAUCCUCACAGCCCUUAACUUUUUUUUCCCUGCAAGUGUAGUUUAUGCAUUGACAUUGGUUGUUGUCAGCUUGUGACAAGUUGCUAUAGUGCUGACAUUAAGCACUUGUGACUGUGAUCUGCUAUAAAUUGCAUGGACAGCUUAUAAAGCAUAGGAGUCAGCAGUGCAGGGUUAACAUCAAUGAUGACCAUCUUGUAAGAGUAAAAAUAAUGGCAUCAGAAAUCAUGGAAAAACAAACAGUAAGUCUUUUUCGUGACUUGAAGCUGAAAAGGAAGCGAGUGCAUGACUUAUUGAUGGACUCUGAAGCAGCACGAUCUCCAUCUACUGAAGGGUCAGAAAGUGACCACCACAGUGACAUAAGUGUAGGUAGUGGAGACAGUGCAUAUGUUUCUGACCGAGGGUCUGAGUAUGGCAGAAGCAUCAUUGGUGAAGAGUCAUCCAUGAAGAAGAUGCGAAUAAGAGAAGAGACCAGUGGAAGGUGUCUGCAGUAUACUCACUGCAUGGCCGCCACCACUGCUGGACAGAAGAGGUCUUUGUCUCCCAAAACUCCAGUUGUUGCUGGUAACAACUCUGCUGCAUCCUUGACGAGUAAUGCUGCAGCAUCCACCCUAGCCUAUAUCAGCUGCCCACAGGGUUACCUUAUGCCCGUAUCAGCAGGCUUCCCUCCUAUGGCUAACAUGGCAACAAGUGGGCUUAAGCUGCUGCCCAUGAUGGGUAUGCCAGGAGCUGGCAUGUUUCCAGCAAGCUUGCAUAACAUGCCAGCACCAAUGUUCAUUGCUGCCCCACCUACCGGUUACCUUCUGACUUCCACUGAGAGUAUCUGUACACCAGCAGGGCCAGUCAUUGCCUACCCACAGCUAGACAGUUCCACCCUCGCUACUGCCAGCCAUCACCACCACCAGAUCCACACCACCACUAAGAUGGCUUCCGAGAGUAAAGGGUCCACGCCUUCACCCACCUCCAGUCCUCAGUUCAAAGAACCAUGCACAGAGGACAGUCGCUUUGAGAAGGACCAGGAGUUCAUCAUGCACUACACACAUGGAAAGUUUGCCUACAGUGGCCACCUGGUGGAGAAUCCCCACAACCAGAAGAGCCACCAUGCACCCGGGGGUGCAGAGCUCAUACAGGAGGACUCAGAUGGAGAAGAGCCCAUGGUGUGCGCCAUCUGCAAUGACAAGGCUACAGGCCUUCACUAUGGCAUCAUCACUUGUGAAGGGUGCAAAGGUUUCUUUAAACGCACGGUGCAGAACAAGCGAGUCUACACAUGUGUUGCCGACAGCAACUGUGAAAUCAACAAGGCACAGCGUAAUCGUUGUCAGUUCUGCCGCUUCAAAAAAUGUUUGCAAAUGGGCAUGGUUCUGGCAGCUGUGCGUGAAGACAGAAUGCCAGGAGGGAGGAAUUCUGGAGCUGUGUACAACUUGUACAAGGUCAAGUAUAAGAAGCACAAGCGACGAGAGUCUGCAGACAAACUGUUGAAACAGCGCCUGGUGCAUCACAUGACCAAGAUGGGCCCUCCACCAUCUGACUGCCUAGUGUCUAACUUCCAGGACAACAUCAUCAUGCACACUGGAUGUCUUCCUCAGCAUCCCAGUCAACACUCACACCUUUCUCCCUAUGUUCCCAUGCCCAGGCCCUAUGAGAGUCCCAAGAUGGGGUCCAUGCCAUCGAUACAAUCAGACAGUGUCAGCGAGACUGACAAUGGGCUUGAUGUUGAUAAGGACAGUCUGUACAACAUUCCCAUGGACGAUUCAUCCAUUGCAGGUGACAGCGCCUAUGAUGGCAGUUCUUCCAGCAUUGUAAGACCGUAUCUAGGAUAUUCCACCACACCAUCAGAGCUUUUCUGCACAUCACCAAAGUCCCCUGCUCAGGUGUCACCAACCUCUUCCCAUGCUGCUUUGAUCUCAGAACUUGUCAGGAAAGACUGCUUGUUGAGUAUUGCAGAGGACUACAAGAUCGAACAGUUUAUAGGCUCAGAGCAGAAUGUGGCAGAAGCCUUGUGUCAGGUGGGCGAUGACAUUGUCAUGAAGCUUGUCCAUUGGAUGCGUCACCUUCCAUUCCAUCGUGAAAUUCCAGUCGACCUGCAGACAAAAAUUCUCACCUCCAAAUGGCAUGAGCUGGUGCUACUGAUCAUGACAGCCUACAGCCCUCUCUCAGGCAGGCACAGGUCGCCGUCCUCCUCCAGCACAGCCUCCCUCAGCCCUUCAGCCAUGACCUGCAAGCCCCUCUCAUCUAGCUUUGCAGAGUUAUACCAGUGCAACAUGGCACGCCUGCAGCAGUACCUGGACAAGACAUUUGGCAAGUUCUUCAGCAUGGAACAACUCAAUGACGAGAUUGGUAGCAUCAUGGAGCAGGUCACACACAUCAUCUUGCAGUUCAUUCACCUUGGUAUCACUCGAAAAGAGUUUGCUUGUCUUGAAGUUAUUCUUCUGCUGACUCAUGAUGAUCUUCAGAAGGAGCCAGUGAUUCAGCGCAUUGUGCACACCUACCAGAAAGCCUUACAGCACUACAUUCUGGAACGUUUCCCAUCCGAAGCCAACCGCUUUGGAGAUCUCCUGGCACAGUUGCCCCAGAUUAGGGCUGCAUCAAACCACCUCCUGAGCAGCAAGAUGAUCUACAUUCCCUUCUUGCUCAACUCAUAGACACACUUAGUAGUCAGUGACUGACAAAGCAGUAAUAUAUCUUCUUCAAGCAAACGCAGAGCUUGUCUGUAAAAGUCUGUUGAACCUCCUGAAGGUAUUUGGUUGUGACUCCUGUUUCCUGGUGCUUUGUUUUCACUGUAACACUUAGCUAUGAAAAAUUAGUGGGAUGCAGGUUUGAAGAAUGGAAUGAAUUUGCUGUGGUUUUGAAGUAUUUGCACCAAACUAUGACAUGAACAGUGUAGAUUACAGUGGUGGCAACAAGAAACGCUGAGCUGUAAGCUGCAGGACUAAGCAAGAUGGCAACUGAAAGUAACAACCAGGUGAUUAAUUCUUGUUCUUUUCUCCCCAUUCAAUUCAACUCGAUUCAAUUUACACUGCCUCUUCGACAUCAAUGUCAAUUGACCAUUUGACCAUUGAAAUGUUCAUAAUCUACAGCAGUGUUGACCAGCUCAGGAGAAUCUCACCAGACUAAUAAUUUAUUGGUCUUCGUUUCACAAAAUGUGGUUCUGGGAUCAGAGAUAGCUUGUUUAUUAUUUUUUGUUAUUAUAACUUAUUAUGCUCUCGUGCAGCACCUGUUAUAAGUCUUAAAAGAAGAGUGCAGCAUAUAAAUUUGAGACUUUCAUUGCAUGAAUGCAUACAUGCAUUUUUCUCUUACGGUCACUUAGUACUAACUGUACAUUUUUAUGAUUGUAAAUACUUAGUGAUGUUUGUACAUAUUAAUGAUGCUAUCAUGCAGUAACCUGACAGUGUGUUAGACAGUGACUUCAACAAAAUUUGGGAUGAUAUUUUGAGUGUGAGGGGGCAGUUCACUCCUUUUGUGUGGAUGGUGUGUGUUUGAGUGAUGAAUAGCCUGCAGCCAAAGUGUUAGCAAAUCUGAAACUUCAACAGUAGAGAUAAUCAAGUUAUCACACUUUUGGGGGUGCUCUUUAAUUUGUUGAUGCCAUUCUGCAUUGUCUUGUAUAUUUUAAUCAUCUUUUUCCACGUGCAAGACACAUUUAAAAAAAAAUUCAGUCUAUAUCUAAAACAUUGAUUGUUGGGGACAAUACUUAUAUAAAGAACAACUGAAAGACUUUAACCACAGUGUAGCUGUGGCAUUAAGACUUAUCUGAUUUUAGCACUAUCUUUUUGCAGAAGCAUUGUUUAGCUUUAAGUAAAUACAAGUUUCUUCAUCCACAAGGGCAAUUCAAGAUAGUGCUCAUACUAGAUAAUACAUACAUAUAUUUAUGUAUGUUGAAACAAUUUCUUUCUCACACACUCAUUCCCAGCAGCAGUAGAUACAGUUGGUGACCUAAGGUCUCCUCAGGCUAGUACAAGAUCAUGACCAUUGAAUGCCUAGGGGAUGACUUUUUUCCUCCCUUAGUUGCACACUAGAGGAUUUUGUGGCAACCUCUACUUGCCUCGAGUGGACAAUUUUGUCUUGUUAAAACUGUUUUUUGAAGCACCUGCCAUGGCAGAUUAAUCCCCGUGUGAACUAUUCUGUGCCUGUUAUGCAUAAAUUUAAAGUGUUUUUCAGCAUCUAAAAUUUGGAGUAAUUUAUACUCUUACUAUGGAAGUAGAACAACCUUUUCUUGUAAGUAGAGAAUUGUAGUAUGCUGAAAGCUUCUAGCAUAUGCACACAAUGUUUUGCAUAUUUUCAGUCAUAUGAACCUUGAAAUGCUAAGAUCGGCAUAUAACAUAUGUUUGACAUGAGAAUUCAUUUUGAAGGCGUAAAAAUCUUAUGACAAGACCAGUUGGUGCAGUGCCUUGAAAAGAAAAGGAGGUGGAACUAAACGUGACAAAGCUGUGCCGGUAACUCAAGUCUUUCAAUUAUGAAGUUUCUUGUAGAAAACACAGUUUCUUCAAAUGGGAGAUAAAUUAUAAAUUUUUUAUUCACCUGUAAAUGGUAAUUUUCUGUUUUUGCAAAUUUUGAGCAGGAUAUAUUAAAGGGUUGAUGUGCAAGUAUUGUGGCUAGUCAGAUCCCGUGUGUCGUAUUACUUGUUGCUGAUGAAGGGAAUGGUUAAUUAGUAGAGAAAAAAAUGCUUCUGACAAACUGAUAAAUUAUUUUGACUAAGAAAUAUAUAUCUGUAAAUACUGUUAAGCCCAGGCCUGCUCUUCAGAAUUCAAUGUUUUUGUCAAUAUCUUUAAGUCCCUGGAUAUCACAUUCUUGCAAACUGUGUGCAGGAUAUUUGUCAAUUGUCGGCCAUAUGACUAUGUGUUCAUGCACAUUAGGUGCUUCAUUGUCGGUCCUGGAUUAAGACUUAAACUAAAAAACAAGCUGUUGAUGGUAGAAAAAUCUGAACUAGUAUCAGCAGCUGGUUGCCAGGUAAAUAAUAUGUCAAAAGAACACUUUUUAAAUCAUUUGUUUGCAAAUAACACCAAACUCAUUUGCAUGUUUGUAAAUCAUUCUUCAUCACCAAUUAUUGUAUGUAGCUUCGAGUAUCUGGUUUGUCUAUUUAUUACUUUUUCAGUCCUACCUGGGAAAAAGCUAACCUGAUUUUGUAAUAUGUGUGGUAAUUCUUAUUUAUACAGUUUCAUAUUUUGAUACUGUUUAUUGGUAGAAUCAGUCUGUUGAAAACAGUGUGAAAAGUGUGAUCACAACUUGCAUUCUGUUUCCAGCUUAUCAAUCCAUGCAAAACACUGAGUGCAGCAUUUCUCAGCAGGAUUUGUUUCAUCUAAUUCAUCUAUUUAUUUAGCUUUACACUGAAAGUGUGAAGUUUUUGUUAUGUCUGCUCCUGAUGUUUCAAAGCAGCAAUGAACAUUUUGUGGAAGAUAUAAUUAUAGCAAUGGUAAGGGUGUGUGUGUAUGUGUUGGGAGGAGGAGGGACAAAAUUCCCUUUCCAUUACAAACCUGUGUAUUUAUAACCUGUCCAAUAUAUCAAAUACGCUAAGUUAUUAUUUAUGAUACAAGAUAUAAACAGUCAUUUUCAUUUUGUAUUCAAAUACCAUUAAACACUCAAUACCAGAAAGUUAAAACAAAAAUACAUUAAAAGUUGUCUUUAUUAGGUGUGGCUUCAGGUUCAGACCAAGCUGUUAAAACUUUGUUAUAUCAAAACUGUUAAGAGCUGUGCGCAUCUGUGUGUGUGUGUGCUGCAGUAUCAGUGAUGUCUGUGAUAUACAUUGAUUUAAUAGUCAAACUAAAGAGUUUUUCAUUGUUGGGUGUACUGGGUGGAGUGAUAGGUGCAGUGCACAUGCAAGGUGAAAUGAUAGAAUUCCCACCUAUGUUUACAAACCCAAGAAUCUUGCUCCACAUUGCAGGCUAGCAAAUAUCGAAACUCAGUGUGGGUUUGUUUUCCUCAGAUCUCAUACUGUAAAGAGAAUGAAUUGAUCGACAGACCUCCUCAUUCCUAGUUUAUUUGGCAGUAAGUGAAAGUCCAAGAAGUGUCACAAGCAAAGAUUAUUUCAAGAAUAAACUUUAAGAAGAUUGUCCUUAAACUGACAACUAACUCUACCCUGUUAAAGAUGCUGUGGGCUUCCUUACCUGCACUGUAAAUGUUUGAUUGUGCCUUUUUCUUACAAUGAUUAGAGGAUAAAAUAAAAAUUGUUGGAUUCUUGAAGGGAGUUUUAAUUGGUCCUCUUGUUUUAAAGAUCAGGGUGAUUUAAAAAAUUUUUUUCAACAGCUAGUAUUAUUGUUCCAUGAAAAUACUCCAGCAAGAUUUAUGAUAUGUGGUGUCCCUUGUAAUAAAUUUUAGUGUUCUUCAAAUUUUUCUUUGGUUUGGGAGGGGAGUGAAGACAGACUAUAGGAGUAUAGAAAAAUUUUUGAUUUCUUAUGUUUAUUUUUGUUUUUAAUUCUGGCAGGUUUUCAUUGAUAUGACACAGUGUUUACAUCUGAACUGUAGGCAUCUGUAUUCUCUUAACCCACAGAUUGCAGCAGUUUUCACAUUAACCUGCAGAUAAAAUUAGAUAGUACUCUCAAGUGGAACCAUUCUCCCUCUCUUCGGCCAUGAAAUUUAAAAAUUUGAUUUCCCAAUUUUCUUUGUGUUUCCGUCAAUAACCAAAUGUAUUUAUUAAUAAAGGGGAAAGGGGGGAUGGUGGCGUGAAACACGAUUUUGAUUUUAAAAUGCUUUGUUAUAAGGUAUUUGUGGAUUUGUUAUCUAUCGAUAAUUAAUGAUGAAUGGCAUCUGUUUAUUUAUAUGUUGUACAGGCUAUUGUUGUGUUAACAGACUUGCGGAAUUUCCUUGAGUGUAGUUAUUGACUGUUGAAUGGAAAUUAAACAUUUUUGAUGCACCAA